AUGUGUCACGAGAAUACUCAAGGAAUUCCGGAAAUGAUUCAGACUGAAAUAAAAGACGAGUUUCCUAAAAGUAUUGAAGGGUUUGGAUAUCGCUUUAACGAAGAAGGGCAAUUAAGGGAUAUUGAAACAAACGAAGGAUUCGAAUUUUAUGUCAAGCCUGACGAUAACACCUACAACCAAACUCGCUAUGAGAGAUUGGGUGGUACGGCCAUUGGUGAAUAUAUCGAAAAUGAACUGGUAUCAAAGUAUAAUCUCAAGAGACAAAUAAUUCCAUUGAGAUCUGAUGACGAUAAAGAAGAGGAAGAGGAGGAAGAAUCGCUUAAGAGUAGAAUUUACCUCAGUGAGGAUGCUCUUGAGUGUCAAAACUUAUUACUGAUUAUUCAAGGAAGUGGUGUUGUGCGUCCUGGACAAUGGGCACGAAGAGUGAUUAUUAACGAUUGUCUCGAGGUUAUUAUUUCUGUUACUUUACGUGUUUUCUUUUUAUUGUCAACUUUACACCUUGGAACUAUGUUUCCAUAUAUUCAAAAGGCGCAAGAUUUGAAUUGGGGUAUUAUAGUAUUCAAUCCUAAUGAAAAUUUUAGAGCUGUAAUAAAAGAUGGUGAAGUCAUUAAACGUGUAUAUGUACGAGGCUCAGAAUCACCGCAAAAACACUCUUUAGAAUCAUUCUUACAUCAAUUUUUUACGUUGGUAUUCCUUAGUAAAGCUAAAGCGGAAAAGAUUUUGAUCAUGGGUUAUAGCUUUGGUGGAAUUAAUAUCACUUGUUUAUUGGAUGAAUUUGCUGAUGAAUUCAAAUCUCGUGUUGCCGGCGUUGCGCUUGCAGACAGCGUACACAGCAUUUCAAUGAUUCCUUCACAUUCUAAAAGUUGGUUCGACAAGAAUGUAUUUAAUUGGAUCAAAUCUGAAUUACCUUUGAACAUGAAGGUGCCAAAUACAAGAAUUUAUUAUGGGUGUCCGUGUCUUUCAGCAGGACAUUCAAAGCAUGAAUAUGCUGCUGGCACUGCUAUUCAAUCAAUUUUUGAAUAUUUGCAACAUGUUUUAGAGAAAAAGUCAUCCAUCCAAAAUGAAGAGCCUGGAACUGAUAAAGAAUCCAUGGAAAUAGGUGAAACAGAAAAGACAGGAGAAAUGGAAGGAAUUGAAAAAACGAAUGAAACUAAAAACACUGAAGAGACAGGAGAAAUGGAAGGAAUAGAAAAAACGAAUGAAACUAAAAACACUGAAGAGACAGAAGAAACUGAAAAAACGAAUGAAACUGAAAAAAUUGAUGGAAUGAAAAAAACUGAUGAACCGGAAAAAAUUGAUGAACCGGGAAAAACUGAUGAAACGGGAAAAACUGAUGAUACGGAUAAAAAGGUUGAAAUGGGAAAAACUGAUGAAAUGGAGAAAACUAAUGAAAUGGAGAGAACUGAUGAAAUGGAGAAAACUAAUGAAAUGGGAAAGACUGAUGAAAUGGAGGAAGUGAAAGAAAUAGAAAAAAGCGGCGAUAAAAAUAAGUUGGAAUAA